AUGCUGCCUACACCAGAUACUUCACAUGUUCCAUACGAAAGGGUAUACGAGCCUGCCGAAGACUCCUUCCUGCUCCUCGACACGCUCUCCUCACCCGCCGAAUGCGCCUUUCUCACCAACCGCUUCGCCCACCCAGCGCCGCUCAUUGUCGAGAUUGGCACGGGCUCCGGCGUCGUCCUCGGCUUCGUCAAUGCCCAGUGCCAGACCAUUUUCGGCAAGUCCGAGAUCCUGACCGCGGGCAUCGACAUGAAUGCCUAUGCGUGCCGCGCCACCGUCGCCACCGUGAAAAGGGCCGCCGCUGAUGAGCAGGCAUCCACGGAGGCGCGCAGCGGCACAUAUCUCGGUUCCAGCAUGGCUGAUCUGACGUCGUGCUUCCGUCCGGGCGCUGUGGAUGUUCUCAUCUUUAACCCGCCGUACGUGCCCACGCCGGAGAUGCCAGUUCAGCCAGAGACAUUCUCCCCAGAAGUGCCAGCGCCGGCGGCCGUGGACCCGUCCUUUGACGACGACUCUUACCUGCUUGCAUUGUCGUAUGCGGGCGGUGCAAACGGCAUGGAGACGACAGAUAGACUGCUUCCCGACCUGGCGACGAUCUUGUCAGCGCGUGGGUGCGCGUAUGUAUUGCUGUGUGCCCAGAACAAGCCAGAUCUGGUAAAGAUGAAGAUACCAGAGCUGCUUGGUAAGGGCUGGAAGGCACAGACAGUAGGGUCAAGUGGCAAAACGGCCGGUUGGGAAAAGCUUCAGGUGCUACGAAUAUGGAAUGAAGCUGUCUUGUGA